CUUUCCUUUUGUGCGUAGCACAAAUCAAGAUUAUUUGAACCGAAGUGAUGACUGUUUAUUUUGUUUUGCUAGCAAAUAAAUGACAAGUAAAAAGAUUUCCUUUUAAGAUUCCUAUUCUUCGACUGUUCAGGGUGAGUUGCACCUAUAGCAAUCAUGAGUAGUGGAUCCAGGUAUGGACUUAUGUCACUGACCGAAAUUCGAUGUGUCCCGUUAAAGAAAAUCAACAUCCAGGUGGCGAUCCAUGGAUUCAUCGCCAACGUGACCUCUGACCUCCAUUAUGUUAACGACUUGGACAAGAACAUAGAGACAGAGUUUGUCUUUCCAUUGGACUCCGAUGCAGCGGUCUACAAGUUUGAAGCCGAGAUAGACGGUAGAACAAUUGUAGCAGAAGUCCAGGAGAAAUCACAGGCAAAAGAGACGUAUAAAGAUGCCGUUGCUUCUGGCCAGACUGCCAUGUACAUGGGAGAAGAUGACAACGCUGGAGAUAUAUUUCGCCUCAAACUCGGAAAUCUCCCAGCCAGGAAAGCAGCCAAACUCACAUUUGCUUACGCAAUGGAGCUGGAUUUGUCAUCUGAUAAAACAGGAACAUUUAUGCUGCCAACAGUUCUAAAUCCAAGAUACGUUCCUGACUGUUCAUCAAAAGAUGAACCUAACUCUGAGGAGACUGACACAACAAUGACAACAUGUAAAACAACAGAAAGUGAUAUUGGAAUGAUAUACUGCUCAGACUUUACAAUGAAUUUGGAAGCUGUAGUUGAUGGAGGUAGAAACCUUAUGGUUUCCGAAAACAAGAUGGAGUUUGAUGUGGUGGCAGAUACAAUCGAUAAUAAGUUGACAUCAUCCAAACAGCUCAAACAUGGAUCUGAUUUCACUUUGAUUUUACACUACAAAGGAUUUGAAAAGCCAGGAGCAGUGCUAGAGAAAGGAAAGGAAGGUAGCGAAAAACCAUUUUUAUCGACGGAUGUGCUGAUGAUUAAUUUUUCCCCAGAAUUCAAAGACUUAGACACAAACGUGCCGUGUGAAUUUGUUUUUAUAAUCGACCGUUCUGGGUCAAUGAGAAGAUCUCGAAUUACGAAAGCCAAGGAGACUUUACUGUUGCUUUUGAAGAGUCUUCCUGUACAAUGUAUCUUCAAUGUUGUCAGUUUUGGAUCAAGUUUUUCUACUUUGUUCCCAAAGAGCAUAGAGUAUAAUGAGCAAAACCUAGAAGAAGCUCUGAAUCUACAAAAGACGAUGGAAGCUGAUAUGGGAGGAACAGAGAUCUUCAAGCCACUAGAAUAUGUCUUCAGUAAAAAAUAUUCGUGUUCCUAUGCUAGACAGGUUUUUCUACUGACGGAUGGACAAGUUUCGAACAUCCCAGAAAUAGUCAAAUUAGUGAAAAAGCAGAAAAAUACUAGGUUUCAUAUAUAUUUUUAUACUUUUCUACUUAUCAGUUGAUUAUUUUUAAUAAAAUGUAAUG